GGAGACGUUGCCUCUGCAGCUCACGCCAGGGAGGGAAGCCGCGGCGGCGGCGGCUGCUCUGCUGCCCUCCCGUCCCGUAGUAGCUCCUCCUCCUCCUCCAGCCAGUGAGGAGGGCUGCUGCUGCGGGCAGAGGCGGCGCUUCUCGAGUCCGGUCUGCUUGCCGCUGCUGCGCUGUCGCCCGCCGGGCAGCUUCCCUGGGCCGAGCGAGCCGGGAGAGUCCAGGGUAGCGACGUGUCGCUCUAGCGAGGCGCUGCUGGAGGAUGUGCUAGGCCGCGUCGCCGCCUCGGCGUUUCCCACAGCCGCCGCUGCAGAAAACAGUUGUGAAUGUCACAGUCAGAAGAAUUUUUUUUAAACUAAUGGAACUGGAAGAGAUAUGAGGUCUGCCUUACUGGGACAUUCUUGGAGUUCUGUCAUUCAGAUGUUAAAGAGCAUUGGAGAAAGUACGGAGCCUUGAGGGACACCAGCUCAGAUUUUGAAGAGCAACAGUCUCCAAUCGACACCAUCUGGAAUCUAUCCGAGAGUACUUAUCUAGUGGUGACUUUAUGCAAUGGCCUCAAGCCACAGGUCUUCACCAGUGCCUCAGUCAAACACAAGUGAUAUCUUCUUUAAAAAGGAAGUGGAUGCUGCUAAACGCUUUCAACCAAUGCAGUCACUGCCAGAUGUAUGUCCCAAGGAACCCACAGGUGAUCCUAAUAGUUUAUGUGACAGCCCAUCUUUAGUUGCUGAUCAGCAUAGGUGGACUAUUUAUCAUUCCAAAGUAAAUCUCCCAGCAGCACUAAAUGAUCCUCGAUUAGCAAAAAGGGAAUCCGAUUUCUUUACAAAGACAUGGGGACAGGAUUUUGUAGACAUUGGAGUCGUGCCUUCACUCUACCUCCCACAGAUAAACAAGGAACAUUUUGCAACAUACCAACAGGAAGCUGUUCAGAGAGAGAAGCUUCAUGAGAAAUGCAAGACCAUUUGUUCUCCUAAAGACACUUUUGACAGGACUCUGUUACAGACUCACGAUAAAUCCAGGACAGAUCUGGAGCAAGUACCUAAGAUUUUUACGAAACCAGAUUUUGCCUUGGAAGAUCCCUUAACAUUUAAUGCAGUAUUACCCUGGUCCCAUUUUAAUACUGCUGGAGGGAAAGGAAAUCGUGAUGCAGCUUCUUCAAAGUUACUUCAGGAGAAGCUGAGUCACUAUCUGGAUAUUGUUGAAGUAAACAUUGCUCAUCAGAUCUCCCUCCGCUCAGAAGCAUUUUUCCAUGCAAUGACCUCCCAGCAUGAACUGCAAGACUACCUCAGGAAAACCUCCCAAGCUGUGAAAAUGCUACGAGAUAAAAUAGGCCAAUUUGAUAAAGUAAUGUGUGAAGGAUCUCUUAAAGUGUUAAGACUGUCACUGACAAGAAAUAACUGUAUAAGAGCAUAUAAUAAGCUGAAAUUAAUGGCAACUGUGCAUCAAACACAACCUACUGUACAGCUGUUGUUAUCCACUUCUGAAUUUGUUGGAGCAUUGGACUUAAUAUCAACAACUCAGGAGGUGCUACAGCAGGAACUCCAGGGUAUUCACAGUUUCCGGCAUCUUGGAUCACAGCUUUGUGAACUAGAAAAACUCAUAGAUAAAAUGAUGAUUGCAGAAUUUUCUACCUAUGUUCGCAAUGACUUAACUAGAUCUCUGGAGGAAGAGUGUCAUGUUCUGGAAGAGGAAAGGCUUAUAUCACUAGUUUUUGGACUUCUAAAACAAAGGAAGCUGAAUUUUUUUGAAAUAUAUGGAGAUGAAAUUAUUAUUACAGCAAAGAAUAUAGUUAAGCAGUGUGUGGUUAAUACAGUAUCACAGAUAGAAGAAAUAGACACAGAAGUGGUUGUUAAACUUGCAGAUCAAAUGAGGAUGAUGAACUUCCCACAGUGGUUUGAUCUACUGAAGAAUGUUUUUUCUAAUUUUAUUAUUUUUCUCAAGAGAAUUAAGGCAACACUAAAUGUGAUUCGAAGAGUUGUCCUCGUGGUUCUAGACAAGACUGUGAAGAGCAAGGAGCUGGGGGCUACUUCUGCACAGAAAAAUUCUGCAAAGGACAGUACCAUAGACACAGAAGUGGCUUAUCUGACUCAUGAGGGCAUGUUCAUAAGUGAUGCCUUCAAUGAAGGAGACCUUCCAUUUUCAGCAGGUGACUCUGUCUCUCAGAGAAACCUUUCCCCAGACAGUGAGCCCAGCAGCAGUGACUCUGUAUCUGAGCCUGAAUGUACCACUGAUUCUUCAUCAAGCAAGGAACAGACUUCAUCCAGUACUACACCUGGUGGAAUUGAGAUGAUGAUUGGUGAGGACAUGAAGCUGUCUGAACUGGAACUCGGUAGAUUGGCAAAUAAAAUCCAGGAUCUACUUUACAGUGCCUCUGAUAUUUGCCAUGAUCGUUCUGUCAAGUUCCUCAUGGCUAGAGCAAAAGAUGGAUUCCUGGAGAAACUGAAUUCUACAGAGUUUGUUGCCCUUUCACGACUGAUGGAAACCUUCAUCCUAGACACGGAACAGAUCUGUGGUAGGAAGAGUAUGUCAUUGCGUGGUGCACUUCAGAGUCAAGCAAACAGAUUUGUAAACCGAUUCCAUGAGGAAAGAAAGACCAAACUCAGCCUUCUUCUAGAUAAUGAGCGCUGGAAGCAAGCCGAUGUUCCGGCAGAAUUUCAGGAUCUUGUUGAUUCUAUAUCAAAUGGCAAAAUUGCUUUGCCAGAAAAAAAACCAGGAGCACCUGAGGAAAGAAAACCAACUGACUUCCUUCUUGUUGAUGGGCAAAAAUAUGCUGUAGUUGGAACAGUGUUACUGCUAAUUAGAAUAAUCCUUGAGUACUGCCAGUGUGUGGACAACAUCCCCUCAAUAGCUACUGACAUGCUUACUCGUCUCUCUGACUUACUGAAGUAUUUCAACUCAAGAAGUUGUCAGCUAGUGCUUGGAGCGGGCGCAUUGCAGGUGGUUGGCUUGAAAACAAUAACUACAAAAAAUUUAGCCCUUUCGUCACGCUGCUUACAGCUCAUAGUACACUACAUUCCUGUUAUCAGAGCUCACUUUGAAGCUCGUUUGCAGUCCAAACAGUUCAGCAUGCUUAGGCAUUUUGACCACAUUACUAAGGAUUAUCAUGAACACAUAGCUGAAAUUUCAGCAAAGCUUGUAGCCAUAAUGGAUAGCUUAUUUGACAAGCUGCUCUCUAAGUACGAGGUGAAAGCUCCUGUUCCUUCCACCUGCUUUAGGAACAUUUGUAAACAGAUGGCAAAAAUGCAUGAAGCAAUAUAUGAUCUACUUCCCGAGGAACAAACACAGAUGUUGUUUUUAAGAAUUAAUGCAAGCUACAAACUUCACUUGAAGAGGCAAUUGGCCCACUUAAAUGUAAUCAAUGAUGGAGGACCUCAAAAUGGGUUGGUUACAGCAGAUGUCGAUUUUUACACUGGAAACCUUCAAGCUUUGAAAGGGCUUAAAACCCUAGACUUAAACAUGGUUGAAAUCUGGGAACAGAAGAGGUGAUGAUCUUACAGAGCAGUGCAUUGCCCUUCAGCAUGGAACGACUACUUUGUGGAGAGUGUUAGAGAAGAGGAAAAUCUCUUGAAAGGAUGAAAACUAUCGAAGUGAUUUCAGGAGAAUCUUUGAUCAAGCAAAGUAAUCAGUUCUCUGUGCAAGUUCUUUUAUUCUCUCUGGAACCAGACUCAGGCUUCUUUGGACCAAAUCCAAAAGAAUACAUAGCUGUAACACAGCUGUUUUGUCUAGAGUGCUCUGUAAAUCUUUAUAUUAAAAAGAUGCUUUGCAUUUCCUCUAGUGCAAUGAAAUUCA